AUGAUCACCGUUCACCACCUAGGGAUCUCACAAUCAGAGCGAAUUGUGUGGCUCUUCGAAGAGCUGGGCAUCGAGUACAAGUUAGUCAACCACACACGAGCGCCUAUGAUGGCGCCCGACUCGCUCAAGUCAGUACCGGGAAACAAGACUGGUAAAAGCCCGUUCAUCGAAGACUCUGACGCUGGCAUCACUCUUUCAGAGUCGGCCGCUAUCUGUGAUUACAUUACUCGGAAGUAUGGCAAUGGGAAGCUGGUGCUGGAACCGUCCUCGCCUGACUUCUCUCAUUUCAUGUAUUGGUUCCAUUAUGCAAAUGGCAGCUUUCAGCCAGCAUUCAGUCUGUCGAUGAUAGUCAACUUGAUUCCAGACCUUCCUGAAGACUCAAUGGUGAAACAUUUGUCGCAGAAUCGACUGAACGCCGCACUCAAGUUGAUGAACGAUAGAUUGGAGACCAAUAAGUGGCUUGCUGGAGACCAAUUCACGAUCGCCGACAUUAUGAGCGUGUACAGCGCGACUACUCAGCGAUACUGGGGGCCGGCAGUGAGCUACAAGGAGUACCCAAACAUUACGAGGUGGCUGAAGGACUGUGCAGCCAGACCGGGCUAUCAGAGAGCGAGAGAGAAGGGCGAUCCAGAAAUGAAAGACCUGAUUGAUGAGGAUGCUCCUGAAACGAGUCUAUUGGUGACAGAUGGUGUCAACGCCGGUCAUUGGAAGAAAUGA